CGGAUGACGAGAGGCAUACACAGCUAGUAACAACGCGUAUCAAGAUGAUCAGGGAAAAGAGGGAAAAGCGGCUGGCAGAACUAGGUGACGCAUAUAGAUCGCCUUACUGCAACAGGGUAACCAACCUAUAUGAGCCACUUUUGGUACGUGACCAAAACAUCAUCUGUUAUCUCUUAGCUCCGAUGGGAGAUAUUGGGACAUUGAUAUACAAGUCUGACAGUGGAGUCGAAGCGCUUAAAAUCAUAUUUGAAACCUUCCACCCAUCGCAAUACAUAUCAUAUGGUGGAAUGGACACAUUUGUAGAUGUUUUAAACUUUGAAGAGAAAAAAAGGGACAGAAAAUCAUCACCCUACAGGCUGUUCUUACCAACUACAAUAUUGCAAGACGAAAUGUUUGAGCCAAAAAUCACAGAUAGUGAUCGAUUGAAAGUAUUCGGACCAGGCGUAGACGAUAUAUUGUGUAAGUAUCAGGUGAAGAAAGUUGACAAAGUUGAUCUCAUCUUCAUUCCAGUACUACUUUCUGAUCAUUACUGGUGCCUAUGCUUUAACAUGAAAAAUGGAGAUAUCGAGUUAAUCGAUAACUCUCGGUAUGCCGAAUCGUUUACCAAACGCUACCGUGGACGCCCCGAAAAGCUGCGGAGAGUCCUAGUGCUAUACCUAAAAGGCAAACUUGGACAAAAAGAGUGGAUAACAAAGUUGGAAAAAGCAAAAAUAAUUCGAAAGGAAAUGGAGUGGAGAACUCUUCAAAACGGUAGUGACUGUGGUGUCUUCACUAUGAGGCAUAUGGAGACAUACAAGGGCACAUCUCCAUGGAAUGCAGGGUUUAAAACGGAAGACCAGAAAGAAAUGCAAGAUUCACAACUACGGUUUUUGCGGUACAAGUAUCUUAGUAAGAUUGUAUUGUCCGACUACAAUCUUAUAAGGAAGGAGGUAUACGACAAAGCUACGGACUUUAUGGCGAAUUCGAUCCCCGCUGAAGCUUUGCACGAUCUAGAUAGCAAAAUAAGUAACAGAUUAGAGCAGUUCUUCAAGCUCAAAAAGAGGAAACAAAAUGAAAAGUCGUAGGACUACUAUCUUGCUGUCUUUUGUUCCAAACAUCUUUGUCAUUUGGAUUUUUUAUUUCUAUUUAUAAUUCUAAUAAUUUCUAGUUA